AUGGAAACCAACUUUACAGCAUUAGAUUAUACUACAAACGCCACCACCACCAGUUUGAACGCUAGUUCCAGCUAUACAACUGGCGGAAUUGAGACCUUUUCCAGUUUAGAUGGUUUUAUCACUGACUCCUGCAAUAUGACGCCAUCUGGUUCGACCAAUUGGGAUUUGUUGUUAGCAAUCGAGGAAAAGAAGACGAACAUGUUGAUUUCCACAUUGAUUUACAUGUCAGUGUUGAUGGGUCUGGGAUUCCUGGGCAAUACAUUGGUAAUUGUGGUCUACACAGUCCGCAUCCAGAAGGGAACAACCCGUAUCUUCAUCCUGGCUCUAGCCGUGGCGGAUAUCUUGAACAACAUGCUCGGAAUGUCAGGAGAGAUCAUCGACAUCACCCAACAUUUCACCUUCACCAGCUCGGUGAUGUGUCGCUUCAUCCGCUUCAACAACUACAUCACCGUCUUUUCGUCUAUUUUCAUCCUCAUUGCCGUCGCCAUAGAUCGAUAUCGACGAGUUUGUCGGCCUCAUUCCAAACAGAUCACCGUUUGCGGUGCCAAGGCUAUGGUGGCAUUUGCAGUCUUCUUUGCCUCAUUGAUUACUGUACCUGCUUUGAUACUGAAUGGAGUUAGAGAGUUCGUUUUGGAAGAAUAUUGUAUCGAAGCCUACGAAUGUACCUUCAUGAACGCUUGGAACGAUACCCCAUAUCCACAUAUCUUCAUCGGCACACAAUUUUUGAUGUUCGUGGCUUCGUGCUGCAUUGUACUCAUUCUGUAUAUAUUGAUCGGGCGAACCAUUUUCAUCCACAGCCGCUUCAGUUUCAGAGACAGCUUUUUACGGAAGAAGAAGAACAAGGUGGAAAUCGCGCAAAUCGUACCACUUGCUGCAAAUCCGGUCUCAUAUGCAGCUGCGUCACGAAUAGCAGAACCGAACGAUUCGGCAAGCGACGCUCCUUCCGGUUACGGCGAGAGUGAAGCGGACGCUCUGAACAUCGCCAGGAAAAGCAUCCUCAUCACCAGAAAGCGCAAGAUACAAAAAUCCCGAAAGAUUAAAAACCGUACGACGUUGAUGUUGGUUGCCAUUUCGUUGGUCUUCAUCCUCAGCUGCCUGCCAUACCUGAGCAUUUCUGUUAUGAAGAGACUAGACUCUGAGUACGUCUCUUCUUUGACGGAAUUUCAGUUGAAAGUCCAUAACAUCUUCUUGAGGUCCUACUUCAUCAACUCCGCUGCCAAUCCCAUCAUCUAUAGCUUCUUCAACGCACGAUUUAGAACCGAGGUUAUGGGGCUCUUUUGUCCUUCGCGAUAUUAA